AUGGCGGGCGACGCCGACGAAGGGGGGUGGAGCGGCACGAAGGGAUAUAAACUCGGUGGUCUCUUUUUGUCGCUCGCCGUGCUCUCGAUCGCGCUCGCGCGUGGUCUCUCCGCGGCGGCGGCGCACAUGGCGCGAAAUAAACGAAGCGCGUUGUUGCACGUGUUCGAACACGUCCAGGUGGAGCUGAUGUUGCUCGGGAUGUUGUCGUUGGUCUUGACGGCGCUUCAGGAUGGAUUGAUGCAAAUUUGCGUGACGGAGACGGGGAGCGACGGGACGGAUUACUGCCCGAAGGGUGAGGCGCCGUUGUGGUCGUUGACGACGUUGCACCAGACGCAUAUUUUUAUCUUUGUCUUGGCGUGCACGCACGUGAUUUACGUGGGAGUGAGCACGGCGGUGUGCUCGUGGAAGCUUCGGCAGUGGCGAAAGUGGGAGACGGAGGGCGAGGCGAAAGUGGGAGCGCUUAAUCCGAAGAUAAAUCCCCGGAACGCCACCGGGUUGGUGAAUCUCAUGUGGCGCGCGUUCUGGGCGCAGUUUCGGUUCAGCGUGACGAAACCCAUGUAUCUGUCGUUGCGCAGGUUGUUCCUGGAGCGCACUGGGGCGACGCCGGAUUUCAACUUUUACGACUACCUGAGAGAGUCCAUGGAGGAGGACAUGAGCUCAAUCAUCGGGAUGACGGCGCUCAUGUGGUGCAUGGCGACUUUGUUCGUCACUCUGCCCGAGGUAUUCAUGCUCCCGGCCGGUCUGGUGUGCAUGGGAUUGAUGCUCUUUGUUGGGACUUUGCUAGAGAGCGUGGCCCUGCGCCUGGCGCAGGCAUCAUACGAACGCUUCAACGAAAACUUCCUCUCGGAGGAAGAGGAAGAUGACGACAUGGACAUUCACGUCGAGAAGACAAAGUCGCAGAAGCGUCGAGAGCUGCGAAAGGAGAUCGAUUCGAAAAACUUCUUCUGGCUAGGCAGACCGCGGCUCAUGCUCAAGAUUUAUCAGUUUGUCCUCUUUGAAAACGCAAUCUCGCUCUCUUUGCUGAUCUUCAGCCAGUGGCAAGAUAAGAAGUGGCUGAGCUCUAACGCUCGAAUGGGCGUGGGGCUUGGUUGGGGUUUAUUCGCGUUGGACUUCUGUGUGCUGAUGCACAGCGCGUUGUUCAUCUUGCCGGUUUACGCAAUCACCUCCACCGUCGGUUCUCACUGCGCGACGUCUCUGCAAGAGUACGCCGAUAAACUGGGCAUCACUAAAGAGGCGGCCCUCGCUGCGUAUUUGGAGCGCGCAAAGGAAGGAAUGAGUUCGGAGGACGCCGCAGAGGUGGCGGCUUACGAUUUAACUCUGCUGGAAAAAGACGCUGAGCGUGUCGUGGCGUCGGGAGACUACGACCACGAAGCGAUUCCAGAAGCGAAGCUCACGACUCAUUUGCACAACGUUGCGCGCGAGAGCGAACAUCAGCAAGCAAUCACUGGGUGGAUGCGCGGCAUGAACGCGAUCAGGAUGCGCGCGGAGCAGCGUCAGUGGUCCAUGGGAGGAAGUAUGACAAAGCCAGCCAAGUCCAGCAAGAAACACAAGUUACCGUUUACGAAGGACUAUUCGCACGAAAACGAAGCUUCGCUGACGGGCCUGCUCGGUGCUGUGCUGUCGAAGAAAAUGAAAGAGGAAGUGGCGAAACAAAAGGCCGCAAAGAAGAAGAGAGAAGAGGAAAAAGCGGCUUCUCCGGGAGUCAUGAAGUCGCUCGCGCGCACGUUCUCCAAGCAAAACUUGUCUCUGGAUCAGCCACCUGCCACUGAGGUCAUGGAGGAAAUGACGAUCAAGCCCCCUGCGAAGUCCUUGACGAGUAGGCCAUCGAUGCGGGACGUGUUCAUGAUGAACACGCCGCCACCGAGACAUUCUGAAGAAGGCGAAGAAGGCAAACGCUCGCCCUCCAAGGAAGAGCCGAUCGACGAAGAAAAAUAG